ACUCACCAUAGACACUUCAUUAUUGAAAUCACACUGUAUACCCAUUAGACCGCAAACUUUUACAAUAAGUACAUCGUAUCUAAUUAUGAGUAAGAAUAUAAUUCAAGGACGACAAGUAUGGUUCGUCCGACACGGGCAAAGUGAGUCGCAAUAUCAAUCAAAAAUAGCAGCAGACUCUGCACUGCCGAACGUGGUUAUAGCUGAUCCUGACUUGAGCGUCAUGGGGAGGCAGCAGUCAGAUGACCUGAAAAGGUAUAUAUUGCUCCUUAAGGCCGAAACCGGGCGGAAGGUAGAUCUGGUGGUAUCCUCACCACUUACUAGAGCUCUUAGUACGGCGACUCGAGCGCUAUCUCGUGUUGAAAAUGGUACUUCUCCAGUCAAAGUUUUGGCGUCAAUCCGCGAGCGAAGCAAUCGAGCUUGUGAUUGUGGAAGCUCUACCGAUGAAUUACGGCAGUCCUUUCCGGCUAUUGACAUGCGUGAGCUGCCAGAGGAUUGGUGGCAAUGCUGGCACGGUGAUUUUCAGGAGUCAGUUGAAAGUGUGGCCAAACGAGCUGAAGAAUUCACGGAAUGGUUGCGCGGACGACCAGAGAAGACUAUUGCCGUGUUUAGCCAUGGUAAUUUUCUUCUACACCAACUAGGGGGGCCCCGAAUGGGCAAUUGCGAGCUUCGAUUGUGGAAUAUAGACAUCGACGCAGAUUCAAAAACGGCUGAUCAUCCGGGUAUGAAAUUGAAUUACGAAGUGAAGUUUCAAUCGAAUAUUGGGAAAGGGUUCGAAACGAAAAGUUCCUAAGUUGCUUCUGUAGGCAUUCAUCACGAAGCAUGUGAAAUUGUCAUUAAUUUUAAGUGCUAAUCACGAUUCUGAAAGCAUCAACUUAGUAAGAUUGGCAGCAAUCUCCAACACCAUUAGGCGAAUAUGCACUUCUUUGUCCUGGGUGAACACCUAGAAUACUUCUAAGCCAUCUAUCGUGGAGCGUGGUUUUAGUAUACAGAUUCGCUUCCAAUCGGUUCCAUUGAGCACAUGCAAAGACAGGCUUGCUAUAAUUAGGAUCUCUCAGUAGGUACGGAGGAGUUCCAUAGUACUAUGGACGUAAAACUCCUGCACAACAUCGUGUGCAAUGUAUCUUAUUUAUAAGGGACCAGCUAAACACACCACAUCUUGUACGUGAUAAUUCUCGACGUAUAGAUGUAGGCUAAGUCAUCCUGCGGAAACAGGCAACGUACUAGCUUCCUUGUACACCCCUGUAUCUGAGAAGUAAUAGAUCUCUAUUCUUUUCUACUAGAAGUUCCGUUAUCAUUUCAAAGUUGACCGGAAAUAAAACAAUAUUCAUACUUUUCAAGUCAAG